AUAUGUACACACUUCUAAUCAUAUCAGUGUUUGUUGGUUUUUAUUUCGUCACCUGAAUGAAUAUUAAUUAGAAUCUACUAGUAUAUCAAUUAUUUCUAUUUUAGAACUAAAGAAUGAACUCAUUACAUGGUACAACACCAAUCACAGUACAGUUCCUCUUUCACCACUCACAAAUGAUCCCCAUACCCCUCUAGCUGGGUUCUACAUUAUGCCAAAAAUUGACAUACAGACGAAUCUACCAGGUGGUAGGAAAGAAACAACUAGAGUCAAGUCGUUACAUGACCUGUUUACAUCGGGUAGAAAAGUUCCAAGGGAAAUAUAUUUAUCAGCGGUCGCUGGAUUUGGGAAAACAGCAUUUUCAAAAUAUCUUGCUAUAACAUGGUGUCAAGCUCAUAAAAAGGAUGGAAAUUAUAACCAUUUUAAAAAAGAAGAAUUGGAGGCGAUAUCUGGCUUUGAGUUUUUAUUUCUAGUGCUAUUGCGAGACUCAGAUACAGAAUGUGAUAUUGACAACAUGAUUGAACAACAAAUCAUAAAUAAUCUUCGUUGUAAAUCUGAAAUACCAAAAGCUUUUUUAAAUGACAUUUUACGCAAUGAAAAAUGUCUUGUUAUACUAGAUGGACUUGAUGAAUGGUUUCAUCCUGACAACGAAUGUACAAGACUUCCUAAAAGUAUUCCACAUCGAUAUGCACGUGAAAAGUGUGUAAUCUUGACAACGACCCGGCCAUGGAAGCUUGGAGUCUCAAACUUAAAUACAAGUCAAAUGGACAAAACAGUAGAGCUAGUUGAACUAAAUGCAGAUGAUACAAGGCAGUUUAAGCUUAACACUAUGAAAAUAUUGAUAGGCAACAUUGAAGAUGAUAAACUGACAAAUGAACUGUGUAGAUUUGAAGAAGAAAUCAGUAAUCAUGACAUUGACGAUAUGGAAUCUACCCCUCUUCUGUUACUCUAUCUUAUAUGUUUAUGGAUUGCAAAAAUCCCAAUAGGAAAUUCCGCAGUAGAAUUAUAUACAGGCAUUAUUCAGCUCCUUCUAUCUAGAACAGAAAAGUUACAUGGAAAGUUUCAUUCAUCGUGUGAAACAUCCCCUAGUAAUGUUCCUGAAUGUUUCAGAAAACAUCAACAUUUCUGUCGUUACUACACGUUUCUGAAGACCAUUGGGAAACUAGCUUUUAAUACAUUGUUCAGUAAGAAAAAGGAGCACACAUUAGUUUUUGAUGAAAAUGUUGCAAAAAAAUAUCUUAAAAACCAAGAAGAUUUGAAAGCAAGCUUUCUAUCAGGAAUAUUAUCAGAAAGUAAAGUAAAAACAUUAAUAAAUGAAAGUUCUAAAAUCUCAUUUUCACAUAAAACAGUGCAGGAAUACUUUUCAGCAAUAUUUAUUAGUUUUCAAAAUACAAGUGAAGUUCAAAAAAUCAUUUUUGAAGAGUGCAACUGUUUACAAAAUAUUCUAGACAUGUCAAAAGUGUUUGUCUUUAUAAGUUACAUGAACCCUAAAUUAAUGUCUACGAUAUCAAGUGAUUUGAUGCCUGUGAUAAACAAUGAUGAAAAAACAAGCAAAUACAGAACUUUGACAGAUUAUGAAGACAUGUACAUUGAUCCAUUACAAGACAUACAAGACAUGUACAUUUCUUGUGCCAAAGAAAGCCAGGAAAACAAAGACCUCAAAUUGUGUUUACAGGAUUUCUUCAUUAAUGAAAAAUGUAAACAAGAAAACUACUUCAAACAAUUACAACAUCUUAGUCAACACAAUAAAGAAAACAUAAAAUCAAUAAUGAUAGAAAAUGAAGAUAUUUGUAGUCUACAAGAAAUAAUCAAUUUGUUUACACUUUCUGGCCUUCCCCAUAUAGAGAAAUUAUACUAUCAUGGUGAAAUUGUAGAAAAGGAAAUAAUGAGCUUGUUAUUGAACCCUUUAAAAUGUUUAACUGUGAGAUCAAAUACAUGGGAAAAUCAUGAAUUUGUAGGAGAACCUUGCCUGCUGUCUGCAGAGAUAAAUGGACGACUGGUAAAAUUACAACACCUGGAGUGUUUACAUAUAAGCUGUUUCACUAUGACCCACGAGGUAAUGGAGACAUUGUUAAAUUUCCUCACUAGUAAAAAAUCAAUGAAAGAAAUAACAUUGGACAGUUUAUACUGUAGUGAUCACACGAAUACUUCAUGUAGGGGAUUCAACCUUGACCUGUCUCAACAUUCACAACUAAGAUGUUUAGGAUUGCACCGGAUACCUGUGUCACAAGUAAAUAUGGAUGUAUCAUUGUUAGAGAAAUGUGAGGUAGGUAAUUUAUAUAAACCUGGUGUUGUGUCAUCUUAUCUCAGUCAACUACCAGCAGCCAGAAAACUACAAUCAUUUAGGUGUAUUCGUCUAGAAUCUUCCAGUGACAUAAAAACAAUGUUACAAACAUUAUCAUUGUUAUAUCACGUGAAAGAUGUUUUGUUGUAUGAUAUCAAUCUAGGUAAAAGAUCAUUAACACUGUCACCUCAAAUGAUCAAUAUUGAACGUGUUGACUUUUUGUAUAUAACAAUGUCUUGUUCAGUGUUAUAUGAUCUCAUUACUGUUAUAAACAAACUACCACAUACAGUGGCAGUAGGUAUGGUAGGUUGUGAUAUAAAACCAGAAACAGAAUUUGAAAACUUUAAAACAUUUAUAAAACAAUCAGACAAUUUUGUGGUCACCAUUGAUGGCACCGGGAAGUCUGGAGAGUACCUGUUUGAGUUUAAAACAACAACAAGUACUGAGUAACCUUACAUGUACUUGGGAGAAACAAUUUAUAAAUAGAUUAUGAGACAAGUGACAGGUGAAAUAGACAUCAUUUUUUUUAUUUUGAGUCUGAGAUUUAAUCAAUACUUUGCUGUUCAUAACAAUGUGAUGUGAAUGGAAACUGAGGAUUUUCUUACUGGGAUAACAAAUGUGGAUUAAUUUUAGAUGUAUUUUACCCAACAUUAUGUGUAUUCCUUCUCCCAAGAAAUGGACAGAUUCACAAGAGACUUCAAUUAAUCAAAGAACUGACAUUCAUGUGAAAUUUUCUGUAAUUGUGAUAUGAACAAAAUCAUAGACUACAAAAUGGGUCCUAAACUAACAUAAUGUGUCACAUCGGAAUCAUGAACAGUACAUGUAUGGAGAAAUUUUGCAUGUAUACAAAUACUUAAGUCACCUAGUGUAAUGACGUCCAGCAACUGUUUGAAUAUACUGGUAUUUAUAAAAUAUAUAACAGUUGAUAUUAACAUUACUCUUCCAAACUUAGGACUCCAGCUAUUUAUGAGAUGAUUAGUUAAUAGUUAAACUAAAUGAGUACCUGACACUUAGUUAUUACCAGAAAGUUGCAGUCAUUGUAUUGUUUAAAACAUGGAUAUACAACUCAGACAAUUCCAAGCAUGAAAAUAACCUACUCGUGCAAUUUUGCGUUAUAUUAACUCUCGGGAAAAUUUAUUUAAUGAAUGUAUACAUAUUUAUUUGUAUAGAAUUUUUACUGUAUAGUCAUAAUGUGCAAAUUUUAUAAUCAUGUAUAAUAUGUAAAUAUACAUUUAUGUAAAAUAUAACUGCUAGCCAAUAUUUGUACAAAAACUAUUUUUAAGUUAGAUUGUUAAAAAAAAAACAUUUUGCCCUUGACCAAGUGUAUGUAGUGAGUUAAUGAGUACGUUUUAUUUUUAAAAAAUAUACAGUCAUUUCAGCUCAAAUUGACAAUGAAAAAUAUUAUGUCACUGUCACUGAAAAAAAUGUACAUGAAUGUCCACUUAAUGUGAUAAAUUAUAUUUUU